GUAUAUGAAGCUCCUAAUGAAUUGUUAACCAAUAUAACUCUGUACUGUUUUAGCUAGUGCCGUGAAUGAAAGUUAUCUUGUUCGUGUAAAGCGCUCCAGAGAAAAGGUGCGUCUCAUUCAGCUCCGUAUACAGUCAAUCAGUUCAUCUUCAACACGAAUACAGUCACUGAUGAGCAGUGUUGAGAGAAACGAGUCGUUUCUGAAUCAAACGUGUAAUGACAUCUUUUACAAACCAACUGGAAAUGUUUUCAUGAAGGUGUAAUCUAUAUAACCAACAAAUACUAAGUAUAAGCUUAAUACAAACUUGAACAAUAUGCAUAAUUUGUGUUCUUUUAUUAAUCUGAGUGGUCAUUUUGUUUUGUUUUUUGCCUUAUCAGAGCCUGUAUUUAUCAAGCCUCUAAGAAUUACUCUCAAGAACACUGUUAAGAAUUGACUUAAGUGUAAAAAAAAUUCUUGCCUCAAAGCUGCACUUAAAAGUUAGUUAUCAAUCAUCUCAAUUGUAAUUUAAGCAAAGUUUAGGACUAAAAGUGUCAGUUUUAGAGAUGAUUCACCACACUUUGCUACAAACGGGAUUUUGGAUGACGACAUAUUCAUGGACCAAUCACUGAAUAGAUUUAAGAACAUUCUCAGAUAAAUUCACAUUGAAUGAUGAACUUCCUAAUUACAUUCAACACACAUUUGACAAUAAAGAAUUUAAUUGAUUAUAUGAUAUACACAUUGGAAAUGGAAGAUAAACACGUUUUCAUGUCUUAAUUACACAUUUAAACCAGUGUGCUGUUUACUGACCUGCAUUUAGGAUUGUGCCAAUAGAUUAUAGUCAGAGAUAUCCCCUGUUGCUGACGAUAGCAAAAUGAUUAUUAUUAUUAUUAUGCGUCAAAGACAUAAGUUUAUCUUUAGUGAUGCAGUGCGGAGAGCCGCUUCAGAAACGUGCAGCACAUGAGCGCAGUAUAAAUAAGAGAUUUGUUCAUCGUACAGUGUAGGUAGCUUCACUUAUUAUAAUGGGAGUGUUUUUUAAAGAGCAUAUAAUUCUCACACUAGACUGAAGUCAGUUAUGCUUGCGUCCAGCGGAUAUUCUCCAAAAUGGUGCUAUGCUGAAGCAGAGGAGAGGAAUUGUUGAAUAAAACUGUUGUUUUGUUUUCUUUGAGCAGAAAAAGUGUUCUCGUCGCUUCAUUAAAUUCAGAUUAAACCACUGAUGGCAGAUGGACUAUUCUGACGAUGCUUUUCAUACUUUUAUGGACUUUGACAGUACAAUUUACUAUGCAGUCAAUAGGACAGUCACAAACCUCCCGGUUUUCAUCCAAAAUAUCUUAAAUUGUGUUCCGAAGACGAACAAAGCUUUUACGGGUUUGGAACGACAUGGGGGACAACGUGUCCAAACACACAAAAACUCCUGGUGGAUCCACGUGACACACUAUUAUAAUGAUGGUGUUUAUUAAAGAGGAGAGUGAAGACAUGAAGAUUGAAGAAGUAUUCAGAGUCAAACAUGAAGAUACUGAGGAACAAACAGACCUGAUGGCGCUGAAAGAGGAGAGUCAAGAACUGAAUGAAACAGAAGAGAAAGACAGAAAGGAGAAACCUCCUGAUUUCAAAACCGAAGACAAAUCAAUUAGUUACUCAAAUACUGAAAAGAUUUUCUUACGAAAUAAAGCUCAAAAAACACAAACUACAAACCUUAAUUCCCACAGGAUAAUUCACACUGGAGAGAGCUCUUUCACCUGCCAACAAUGUGGACAAAUUUUCAAUCGAAAAGGAUGCCUUACAGUCCACAUGAAAAUUCACAUAGGAAAAAAUCCAUUAAUAUGCCCUCAGUGUGGAAAGAGAUUUACACAGAAAAAAACCCUUAAUGCCCACAUGAGAACUCACACUGGAGAGAAACCAUAUGAAUGUGAUCAAUGUGGAAAGAGUUUCACACAGAAAAAAACCCUUAAUAUCCACAUGAGGAUUCACAUUGGAGACAGACCUUACACCUGCAAACAGUGUGGAAAGAGUUUCACAGUAAAUGGAGAUCUUAAAAUUCACAUGAGAAUUCACACUGGAGAGAGACCGUUCAUAUGUGUUCAGUGUGGAAAGAGUUUUAAAGAGAAAAAAUCCCUUAAUGUUCACAUGAGGAUUCACACUGGAGAGAGACCGUAUGAAUGUGAUCAGUGUGGAAAGAGUUUCACACACAAAAAAAACCUUAAUGUCCACAUGAAGUUUCACAUUGGAGAGAGACCUUACACCUGCAAACAGUGUGGGAAGAGUUUCACAGUAAAUGGAGAUCUUAAUAAUCACAUGAGAAUUCACACUGGAGAGAGACCGUUCAUAUGUUUUCAAUGUGGAAAGAGUUUUAAACAGAAAAAAUGCCAUAAUGUUCACAUGAGAAUUCACACUGGAGAGAAGCCUUACAUCUGUAAUCAAUGCGGAAACAGUUUCAGAUAUAAAGAAAACCUUAAUAAUCACAUGAGGAUUCACUCAAGAGAGAAUAGUUUUAAAUGUCAUCAGUGCGAAAGGAGUUUCGUAGACAAGAAAUGUCUUAAGAACCAUGUUACAAUUCACUUAGGAGAAAAGCCUUUCAUGUGCCAUCACUGUGGGAAGAGUCUCACAAACAAUGCAAACCUGGAGUCUCACUUGAGAAUUCACACUGGAGAGAAACCUUUCACCUGCAAACAGUGUGGAAAGAGUUUCAGAGUUAAAGGAAACUUAAUGACUCACAUGAGGAUUCACACUGGAGAGAAGCCAUUCACAUGUCUUCAGUGUAAAAUGAGAUUCACAUAUAACAAAGACCUGAAACAUCAUUUGAAAACUCAUUCUGGAAAGAAAUUGCCGUUUUCCUCAGAGUGACAAGAGGUUUAGAAAAGGAGCAAUUUCUACAAUCAUCUGUGCAUUCAUUCUGGAAGACGAUUCAAUUAUGGUCAGUGUAAUAACUUUUUUUUUUCUUCUCCUUUUCACAUAGAUACAUGUGUGAAGUCAUGCAAAUGUGAGACCCUGUUUGUUCUUUGUUGAAAAGUAUGAGAAGAAAAAUUCUGUGUGAAAUCAAGGCAACGUUCACACUGCGGCUGAAUGCAGGCUACAUCUGAUUGUCACCUUCAUGACUCCUGUUAUUUGCACCUCUUUAUGCUUCACCAUAAGGCUGUUUAUUUUCUUUUGUGCAUGUGUAUUCCUCUGGCCAUACCUGACCACCUUAUUGGCUGUAGUUUCAAAUAUUGAGUGGUUACAGUAGAUUCCAUCUAAUUUCAACUAUGUAGAGCUGCCACUCAAUUCCAUGAGUUCAUUCCACUGAAUCAAAAUAUUUGUCAAACUUCUACCUUGCUGUGAAAUGUAACAAUGCAACUGGAAUAUUAUAAAUAAAUUGACAUAAACUGAACACAAUGACUUGUUUCCAUUAGGAGAUUUUUAGUU